AUGGGUCCCAAGAAAGCAGACGGAGCUCCCAAGCCCAAGAGCACUCAUGCUUCCUAUCAGGACAUGAUUACUGAUGCCAUUGUUCAUCUCAAAGAGAGAAAUGGUUCCAGUCGUCAACAACUCAAGAAAUAUGUCAAGGCAAACAACACCAUCAAUGUCACAGACAAGAUGUUUGACUCUCUAUUCAACAAGGCCUUGAAGGCUGGUGUUGAUAAGGGUAUCUUCGAGCAACCCAAGGGACCUUCUGGUGGUACUAAGCUGUCUAAGAAGUCUAAGCCUGCCGCAGCUAAACCAGCUGCCAAGAAGGAGACUGAGAAGGACGCUCCCAAGAAGGCUGCCCCGAAGAAGGAGACCGCUACUAAGAAGGCUGCCGCACCAAAGAAGGCUGCAGCUCCUAAGAAGGAAGCUACUGAGAAGAAGCCUGCAGCGAAGAAGGCUGCCACCACCGCUGCCCCCAAGAAAGCUCCUGCUGCCAAGAAGGCGGCGCCCAAGAAAGAUGCCCCCGCUGCUGAGGAAAAGCCUGCUGCUUUGACGAAGACCAAGGCUGGCAGAGUUACGAAGACUGCUACGGCAGCUAAGCCAGCUGCUAAGAAGGCCGCGCCCAAAAAGGCCGCCGCACCCAAGAAGGAAAAGGCACCAAAGAAAGAAGCAAAGGCUGAAGCUGCAGCAUAA